AUGGUAGGGGACUUCAAUACCGAUCUUACCAAGUCCUCAGACCAUGCGGCUCGCAGGAAAUCGUCAACUAUAAAACAUGCGUUGACUAGCAUGAUACGAACAGGGUCAAAUAACUCAAACCUCACGAACAAUCAUCUACGGCCUGGUUCUCAAUCUGGAGCCUCCUCUACUGCUGCUAGCCAUGGGCCAAUCCCAUCGUUUCACAAUCCCUUGAUGGCAUUUGGUGGCUCGCCGCGCCUUUCUCACCAUAUUGAAGACCAUGGGGUAGCGCCUAACGAACUGGCUCUAGCCGAGAACAGUCCUAAGCCACUACUUAGCGAUGACGAAUACGAGGAGGCAGAUAUCGAAUGGGAAGAGAAUCUGUCAGAGCCAGAGGAUCUACAAAGUCAUUUCAGUUUUAAUAGUUCGAGGUCGCUUGCCAAUAUCCCUAUCGGCCACAAGUAUCUGCUCGAGUACCUGUCCGAAAGAGGCUUCCUACAGCCAAAGAAUCUGACUUCAGAUGGAGGCAUCAGCAUAUAUAUGGCCACUUCCUCGGAAGUAGUUUUUCUUCCUACGGUAUCAUCUCAGGAUGAUGAGUAUUUAACUCAUUUGGCAAUGAUCAAUGGAAGCGAAACUUCUCCCGAAGCAGCUCUUACCCCAAUUGAGUCGCUGACCACUGAGCAACAAGUUACAACGGAAAGUGCUUCAACAGCACCAGAGACAUCUUCGAUUGAUGCAGAUGGUAAAAAUGUUCUCUUUAAUAUUGCUGUAAUAGUUUCAUUCAAGAAAGCUACAGCAUUAACAACUCUGAAAGCUGAGCUGUACUCCAGGGCCCGAAUAUAUUGGCAACAUGGGGUACCGCCAGAAAAAAACACCAAUGAGGAGUAUUACACCAUAGGAGAACUGAAUUGGGAACUCACCGAUCAGAAUUACAACCUUUACGUACCCCAUCACCUCUCUACUAAAGAUAAGAUUGUUGAGAAUCCGGACGUACAAGUCAAACCGACUUUGUUCAAAAAUAAAGAUGAUUUACUGUCACAAAAAUACCGGGACAGAAAGAAAUCCGAUGCGUCCUUCGCUUCCUCCUUUCAUAACACCGUCGACCCCCAGACUUUCGAGCCAGGGGAAUACGUUUUCCUACUACCGGUUUUUUUCUCAAGCAAUAUUCCCGAAACUGUUUACCUGCCUUCCGGUCGAAUCAGCUAUAAUUUUCGCUGUGCAUCAAAACUCUCGCCCAACAACACUGCACCUGUCGAUUCCAAGAGUGAUAUAUCAUCCUCUAACUCUGGUAUGUCUCAUACUUCAGAAGACCGCAACAUUGAGAACUCUAAUCACAACAAAUUCUCUAGCAACAAGCUUUUGAGAAAAGUGCGAGAUCAAUUCCAAAAUACAUCAAAUGAUAGAUCGGCAAAUUCUCGAAGAGAUAUCAUCAGAGGUGAUCGUGCUAUUAAAGUAGUGCGAAUCCCUCCAAGCAUAUCAGAGUCUACAGCUGAUAAGCCUGUUUACAUCAAUAGAGUUUGGAAUGAUGCACUGUCUUACGAAGUGUCUCUUGCUAAAAAAUACGUUCCCGUGGGAAGCAAAAUUCCGAUUAGAAUAAAGUUGGCUCCAACCAGUAAAAAUAUCUCAAUUAAAAGAGUUCGAGUGAGUGUCAUUGAGAAAAUUACUUAUGUUUCGAAGAAUUUGAAGUAUGAGUUCAAUCAGACGGAAGCCAUUGCAAAUGACCCUUAUAAUCCAUAUUAUUCAGAAUUCGUUUGCAGGCGGAAGCAAGAACGAAUUUUGCCACUGUGGGAAAUAAGAUCGAAGGAGAAGGGCAGCAAAGCUAUGAAGGAGGAUGUUGUAAAUAACUGCCGCUCAGAGAAUUUGUUGUCAUACUGCUCCUAUCCAUCAGAAGACAAAAACACUGAUCUGGUGGAUGCCUUAACUAUUGAAUCAACUUUAACAUUUCCCAAAUUUAUGACUUUGGAUAGAAAAACUUCGAAAAGUGUUCCCCCUUAUGGUAUUGACGAAUUCUCGAGUGUAAACCAAACAAUUGGUGGUACGGGCGGGGCCUCUUCUAGAAGAAACAGUACAGCAUCUGGAGUGAUUGGAUUUCUCGCCGGUCGUAGAGUUAGUACGCCAUUUGCUUCCCGUCGUGGCUCCGCUGCCGGUCCUGUAGAGCCUGCCAGAUCAAAGACAACGUUCAAAUCCGGCUCUGACGUGGCAAUAAAUGCGCACACUCGGCUGAAUGAGCCUAAACGUGGAUUAUAUUUAGAUUGUGUCAGCUUCAAAAAUAUCCAUGUCACACACAAACUGGAAAUUAUGUUGCGCAUCAGUAAGACAGGCGCCAAAACUGCUAAUGGUGAAAAGCACUAUGAAGUCUUAAUUGACACACCAAUAUUUAUUGUUUCCGAUCUCUGCGGCGAUUCGAAUACCGAACUACCAACUUACGAUGUAGCGGUUCAGCAGAGCUCCCACGAAGACUUUCUUCCUCCGUCGUUUGAGGAAGCUGUUUCUGUCCCAGGCUCGCCGUUAGCAUCUCCGAUGGGAUCUCCAAACUUGCAGUCCUCCUAUGAUCCCGAUGAUUUAUCUAUUCAGCAGUUGUCACUUUCUAGAGCUACCACACAAAACCAUUCUGCAGAGCCUUCAGUGCUGAAUGCUCCUAGAGCUUCUGGCCGGCGAUUCAGCAAUAUUGACUGCCUUAUGAAUUCUCCUGUGAGUGGCCCGUCAUCACCUAUCUUUAGGAAGGGGUAUGAGAUGGGCCCUUCGAACAACGCUUCACACCUGUACGAUCCACUGAGUGAUGACGGCGGCCUGCCAAAAUACGAAAAGUAA